GCGCGCGUGCGUGUGUGUGUAAAUUCAAUUUUGAAGUUUUCUUAUUACGUUAUGAAAUUUACUUUCAACAGAAACGAAUGCAUGAAUAAGUGAAGUUAUCAUGUUUAACGUUUAAAAAAAUAAAUGAAGUAUAUAUUAAUAGAAUAAUGUUCAAGAUCUAUUACCUCGCUCACUAGAACAUAUUUACAGCUAAUUAUAAUAUUUACUAUUUUUAAUUUUAUCGACCAAUGAAAAAAGGGCUAUCCCAAAAUUAUGUCAACGUACGUCCACCUUUCAGCGAUUUCUCGCAUUUGAGAAGCAGUAGACGAUGUUUGACGGUUGAUUAUAGCCGAUAAAUGGACUUUAUUUCCAGUUCACCAUGACGAUGCGAGAGGUAAGACCUUGACAGAGUUGCUUCUAAACGGUAGGGUUCUAAUUAUUGUAUUAUAUCGAACUUUUCGCUGAAAUUUUCAAGCGAUGCAGCUGGUAAAAACGAAAACCAAGAUGGCGGCGUGGUAUACCUUGUCAAUAUUAUGUUUACAGGAAAACAAUUUUUUUUAUUAUAGAUAUUUAAAACGUCGAGUGCCUGUGUUUUAAUGUUUAAGUAAGAAAAUACAGAUCUUUUCUUUUUUUUCCUUUUAAAGGAAUUUGUUCACGUGUUUUUUGUUUUUGUUUAUGUUGUUGUUUUUUUUCCUUCUUCUUCAUUUUUUAUGUUAAAAAUUGAAAACAUAACUAAUGAAAUGUUGACAUCUAAAAUUAAAUGAACUUUCUGAAUGCAAGGGUAAGAGCAAUAUUUUAGCCGUAACUCUGCGUUACUCAGAGUCUUUUUAUGUUUACAAACAAACCAGUAAAAUGUUAAUUUUGUAAUUUAAAGCAUCUUGAUUUUAUACAGUCACAAAUUUAACUUUUUAAGGACACAUUUUACAAAAAGUAUACUCGAAAUGUGAUUUAUAUAAUAAACUUGAAUAGAUACCCAUUUAUUUUGAAAACUUCGUAAAAAAAAAUAUCACACCUCAAUCUUUGUUUUCAAAACAAAUAAUAAACUCUAUAAUGAGCUUCUGUCAUGAUAUAUAACCCUAAUUGUUUGUGAAACCUUUUAAACAUAUUAAACUGUAGAUUUAAAAAUUUUUAGGAGGAAAUCGUGAAUCAGUCCCUAUAAAGUAUUCAACGUUCGCCAGCGUGUGUGCUCUAUUUUUCAUACGACAUGGACGGUAGCAUGCAAACUAUACAAUCGUAGAAUAUCUAGUAUUUGUUUGCUAGAUUUUUUGGGUGAUAAGUUACUCAUUGUGUGAGUUUGUCUUCUUGCUGCAUAGGUGAAUGUCCAUGUAUGGUCGAGUCAAUAAAUUGAAUAUUAUACAUACAGAACUACCGAUGAUAUAUUUAUAAUUCAACGUGCUGUAUAGCUUAUAGAUUAAGAUAAAUAAGUUUACCGUGUCUACAUAGUGAGAAUAAAAUGCGAUGGCAGAUAAGCUCAAUCUCUCUCUCUCUCUCUCUCUCUCUCUCUCUCUCUCUCUCUCUCUCUCUCUCUCAAUAUAGAGAGCUUUUAUAUUUUAGUUACUUAUAUAUAUCAACCAAGACAUCACUAAAAUACAAAAUGUUCAGUAUAAACUGUAUAUUUUCCCUCCUUUUUGCAGAAUUUCUAACUACUAUUGUUUUUUUAUAAAGCGAAAAAUUUAUGUCUAAACGCCCAACUAAAAUAAAAUAAUAAUAAUAAUAAAAACCAUCGGCAAAACACACGCAUAUGCAAACACAUUUGAAAGUAAUGCGAGAAGGAGAAAGAGAUUUAUUUAGUAACCCGUGGACCUGAAUUUACGUGUAUUCGAUCGAUUCGGAUCACCUUGGUUUGAACUGACACUACACAACGUGCAAAGCAUCCACCGUCAACAUACACAGAAAUUAUACGGCGUGAUUACAAGUCCACAGAGAUGAUUUUUAUAAUUUUUUAUUCGUUUUGAUGAGGAAUUUACUGUUUUUGGAUUUUGACAUGCUUGUUGCAAGAUGACCUUUCAUGAUGAUGACGAUGAUUUUGAAGAUUUACCAGACUUUACAGAAUGUGACACUAGUGGUGGAGGAGUCGAUCUGUUCGAUUAUCCGGACGACUCGGGUCAGCGGUUGCCACUUUACCCAUUCACCACUGUUCACGAGAAACCCAUUCCAUUCAACACGAUACGGACAAAUUGUUGGAUCCCCCGCACUAAUGUCGAGAUCAAAGUGACAGAUGCUGAGCGAGUAGAUGCUCACACAAAACUCUUCAAUCCAAACCUAUAUACCAUACAAGUGAAACAUGGCACAUUCCAGUGGACUGUCCGACGGCGCUACAAGCACUUUACCAACCUGCACCAGCAACUACGACUUUUCCGUAUGAAGCAUAAAUUCCCAGUCCCUACUAAAGCUCACAAAGAAAGACGCCAGUCUCUACACGGAACACGAAAAGUCCCACGAUUCCCUAAAAAACCAGACAUCAUGGUCCGAACGGAGAAAGACUACGACAAACGAAAGCGUCAUCUGGAGGACUACCUGCAAGCUCUUGUUGAUAUCAGUGUAUAUAGGAACCAUAUAGAAACCUUGAAAUUUUUUGAGGUCAGCCACUUAUCCUUUGUUGGAAAUUUGGGACACAAAAGAAAAGAGGGAAUGGUGAUGAAAUGUUCCGGGGGUCGCCACAUCAGCAUUGGAUGCUGUGGAUGUCUGAGAAAGUUCCAUCUGGCUGGACGAUGGAAAAAAAGGUGGCUGUUCCUGAAGGAUUCCUUUCUGGCGUACGUGCGCCCCAGGGACGGAGUUAUCUGUGAUGUCAUGCUGCUGGAUAAUGAUUUCAAUGUAGAGAAUGGUUUUGGAUUGACAGGUGCAAGGCAUGGUCUACAAAUUGUGAAUCUGAACAGAUGUCUACUGGCAAAGUGUUGGACAGGACGGAAGGCGGAUGAGUGGCAGGCAUGCAUAGAGGAAGUAGCUAAGACUACCGGGAAGGAUUACACCGAGGUGGCCAGGUUUGAGGCCUUCGCUCCUGUACGAGAAAAGAGCUAUGCAAAGUGGUUUGUGGAUGGAGAUAGCUAUUUCUCAGCUGUGGCAAAUGCGCUGGAGGAGGCUAAAGAAGAAAUCUUUAUCUCGGACUGGUGGCUAAGUCCAGAGAUAUACAUGAAAAGGCCUAUCACUGAAGGCAACAAAUGGCGCUUGGACAGGAUUUUACAAAGAAAAGCGGAAAGUGGAGUAAAGAUCUUUGUGUUACUGUACAAAGAAAUGUCCAUAGCUGUCAAUCUGUUGAGUACCUACAGUAAACACACUCUGGUGAAUCUUUGUCCAGAAAACAUCAAGGUUUUACGACACCCUGACCACGGAGCAGGUGGAGUCCUUUUAUGGGCCCACCAUGAGAAAAUUGUGGCCAUCGACCAGAAAGUGGCUUUUCUGGGGGGUCUAGAUCUCUGUUAUGGACGCUGGGAUAACCACAUCCAUCACCUUACUGACCUCGGGAGUAUAACAUAUGACAAUAUGAACCAGAAUGCCAUGGAAAAACAAUACAAUUCACAGACAUCUGUACAAGAUGACGUUUUCCAUGUCAAAGAUUCAGACGAAAGCUUGGACAUAAAUAAAUCUGAGGAUAUCAAUGGCAUAACUCUCAGCUUUACUCCACCCAGUCCAACACUGGGAAAGUCCGAGAGUGACCUCCAGUGUGCAUGUGGCCGUGACAGGUCAGCCACCCGGAACAGUAACAAUAGUUAUGAUAAUCACUCACUAGAGGCAGAAGAAUCUCAAAAUCUUAUUGGUUCUGCAUCCCAGAAUCAGACUGUUGUCACGGUAACUGUGCACUCUGACCCUGCAGCAAAUGAAACGGAAAAUGAACAGAAAAACAAUUCAGAGACGGUUCCUUCCUCUGUGGAGGGGACAUCAGGAGGAGAGAAGGCUGUAGAAGAAAAAGAGGAAUCGGCUACUGACCCGGUAAAAGAUCUGACGAAAACCUCCAGUUCAAGACCUAAAUUUCAAAGGAUGGAGUCUACCACAGAGCAUGCUCAGAAAUACAUGGAGCGUGAAUCCGAUGACGAUAUUGUUCCCGUGAGUAGUGAUAAUCCCCCUGAUGUAUACUCCAUGAGUGUAAAAGAUGUGCAGGAGACGUUACAUAGGAAGAGUACGAAAACGAGAGGUGCGAAUUCUCAGGUGCAUUUUUCUGGUAUUGAGAGGGUCUCGGAGGCAGUAUCGGAUUCUGUUGAAAUAACAGAGAAUGACAAUGUAGAGUUCAAAGGUUAUCACAAACUGGAUAGUGAAAACCAGAGUAGUUUUAGAGAUGAUAAGAGAGUAGUCAGUGAUUCUGUGAUAUCUAGUCAAAUAGUCCACAAUCCAGUUGCCAAAGAUACUCAUAUAGAGUCAGCUCAAGAAAAUUCUGACCAAGCCAAGGGAACAAAGAGAGAGAGUUGGGCUGCGAGGAAGUUACGUCGAUCUCUAAGUCAUGGACAUGAACGAAACAAUAAUGUCAAUAUCAACACAGCGGAACAAACGGAGGAUAUUGGACCACACUCACCAACUGCAUUAAACCGGUGGAAAAUGGUGCUGAAUGUUCAGAAAUUCCAGUCGGCUGUGAAGCAACAACAACAGGAACGAGUGCCCUUUCCCAGAGAGAAGAGGCCAGUGACACCCAAAAUAAGUAAACUGUUUCAUUUGGAGAGAUCUAACAGAGACAGUACAGCUGAUUUGCAGGACAGCCUUGAAAAGCCUGGUGUAAUGCAGAGAACCAAGAGUGAGAUAGCUAUAGAUGAACUGGGGCUGAAGGGGUCGUCCAAACUGUGGAUCGGCAAAGACUACUGUAACAACAUCUACAAGGACUAUGUGGAUCUGAAUGCUCCAUUUGAAGAUUUUAUCGACCGAUACACCACACCAAGGAUGCCAUGGCAUGAUAUUGGAGCAGUAGUUUAUGGGAAGGCAGCAAGGGAUGUAUCAAGACAUUUCAUUGGUCGAUGGAAUAUUACAAAGCAAGAAAAGUGUAAGAAUAACAAAGAUUACCCUUUGCUGUUACCCAAGGCAAGCACACAAGACAACACUCUCCCACCAUUUAUAACAGGGUCGUGUCAUGAAGUGAAAACACAGAUACUGCGGAGUCUGAGUGGUUGGUCAGGUGGCAUCAAGACAACAGAGUCCUCUAUACAGUCAGCUUAUCUACACUGUAUUGAAAGUGCCAAACAUUACAUUUAUAUCGAGAAUCAGUUCUUCAUAACACGAGUUGGAGACAAAUCUAUGAUCAGAAACAAAAUUGGAGAUGCCUUGUUCAAUAGGAUCCUCAGAGCACACAGAAAUGGAGAAAAUUUCCGGGUGUUUGUGAUGAUGCCUUUACUGCCUGCUUUUGAGGGGGACAUUGGGGGAAAUGGUGGCUAUGCAAUUAGGACAGUGACUCACUACACCUACUCAUCCAUUUCUAAAGGAGGGUUUUCCCUGUGGGAGAAGCUGGCAAAGGAAGUGCUGGAUCCUUUGAAGUAUAUAGUGUUCUGUGGAUUAAGAAAUCAUGAUGAACUCUCUGGAAAACUGGUGACAGAAUUAGUGUAUGUCCAUAGUAAGCUGCUUAUUGCUGAUGAUGACACAGUUAUCAUUGGAUCAGCCAACAUCAAUGAUCGCAGUCUCCUUGGUGACAGAGAUAGUGAGAUUGCGGUGAUGGUGCAAGACAUCCACAAAACAGAAGUCAAGUUCGCGGGGUAUCCUCAUUUAGUGGGCAAAUUUGCUACAUCUCUCCGUAAAGCUUUGUUCAGUGAACAUUUGGGGAUUCCCGUGGGAGAUCCGAUUCUAGAUGAUCCUGUCUGUGACUCGUUCUAUAAAACUGUGUUCCUUCGAACAGCGACUGUCAACACAAAUGUUUACCAAAAGGUGUUCAACUGUAUCCCUUCUGAUUUGGUGCUGAGUUUUGCUGAGCUGAAUCAAACCACUACAGAGAAAACUCUAGCUGAAACUGACCCAGAGCAGGCCCGCAGUGAAUUGAAGAAAGUCCAAGGUCAUAUUGUGCUACUGCCAAUGCAUUUUAUGGAAAAUGAAAGCAGUAUUAUACCCACUGUAGGGAAGGAGAUGUUUCUUCCUGUUGAUGUCUGGAUAUAAGACAGACUUGUCAUAAACUUCGUAGUCUUUGCAGCUGGGCUGCAAACAGAUACUGUCAAAUUAAGUACAUAUGCAAGUAACGGUCAUUUUAUGAAUCAAAGUAUAAAGAAAGGUGUCUUCAUGGCAACUAAAUUUUUAUGUCUAGUCAAGCCUUUCAAUAUAUGAAUUUAGUGCUGUAAAAUACUGUAGACAUUUAAAACUAUUGACCACUCUGUUCAUUUUAGAAUUUUUCUGGAUAUUACCUUUAAAUACCUCCUUUUUAUAUUCCUUCCAAUUGGUUUUCUUUCUUUUAUUUGAUAAGUCCUUUCCUCCACCAUGAUGCUUAUUUUGAUAUCUUGUUCUGUGACACUGUGCAUUGUAUUUCUACAAAUAUGUUUCAUUUGUUAUGACAUAUUGCUUAGCAAUCUAAUGGCACUUUCAUUAUCAGUCCCUUAACUGCAAAAAUAUAAAUAGAAAUGUUACAGAAGAAUAUUUCAGAUAACUUAACUGCAUGUUGUUAUGUUAAACUAUGCAAUGUUUUUGUGAAUGUAUUUUGAUUUUUUUUCCUCUCAGGUAGGGUAACAGAUGUUGAAAGUUUUUUGCACAAUUUUGUGGGAAAGCUUUUGGCACAUCAUGGAAUAUACCCAUUUUUAGCUUUGUGGGUUUCUUUUCCCAGUUCUGUUGAAAUUGGAACCUUGUUUGAAUAGGAAUGAACCACUUGGCAAGCAUUUUUCCCUUCAAGAAUGACUUUUAUGCUUCCAUUUGAAGAUGUUUUACACAUUUCUCAUUUCAUUUUUGCAUAACUGCAUAGCAAUGUCUUCAAGAUGACAUUGGCAUAAAUCUUGAUUCUCUUUUUUAAUGUUAUCUGUUAAAAUUUUAAACCAUUUUACUUGAAUAUAUAUGACGAGUUAUUUUAGAAAUAUACGUGGGAAUCAAUCACUGGGGUGAUGAUUGUGUUUUGAUCUCGAUGUAUUCUCUGUUGACUUUUGUCAAACUUUCAAUAUACACAAGCAGUAGCUGCAUUGUUGAAUAAUUCACAUGUGGGAUAAUUGCUUUAUACGGAGGCAAAUUUACAUAUAUUUACUAAUUUCUUUUGACUGCUUUCAUUGGACUGUCUUCACAUUCCUACAGUAUAAAGUGUACUGUUGUCUUAUAGUGAUAACCAUGGUUUAUGUUUUUAAUGCAGAAGGCAUCUAGUUUUUAUAUGACAUGUAUUGCUCAUAUACACACUAUGAUGUCUAACAUUCUUACUAGAGUAUAUUAUAUUUUGUUAGCCUUUUUAUUGGGUCUAGGUCAGUGACACUGGGCCUAGACUGGGGAUCACCUGAAGAGUUGCAAGAUUGGUUUUUGACUCUAAUAUUGCACUAGUGAAAUUUGAAGUUUUUAGUAUUUACAGUAGCUUACUAAACUAUGAAUACGCAUAUUUAUAUCUCUAUUAUAUAAAAUUUAUAUAUAACAUGCAUAAGGAAAUUUUGAGUGUUUGAAUUUUUCCCCAAUUACUACACUGACGAUGGUAGACAAUUUUUAUUUCGAAAAUUCCUUUUAAAUUGGAAAUAUAUUUUUUUAAAUUGUAGUUUAUUUACUUUAAUAAUACCCUUCAACUGGCAAGAAGGUUUUGCAUGUAUUUCUAUGUAAAGCAUAAUUUCAAAGAUUUUCCAAUUAACUUGCCUCAAUUAUAGCACACGGUUAUGUAUUUAUGAGUGGGACUAACAGUUAAAAUCAGGGUAAUUUUGUAUUUAUAGUCAGAGAAUAUUAGUUUUGUAAAGGUGAUAUAUUAUGGUUAUUUUAUUGUAAACUUGACCAAAUAUAGACAUCGUGCUCCUAUACCAGUGUAUGUAUUACAUCCACACAGAACAUGUGACAUGUUGAUUUCAUGUGGGGGUAUUCAUUUGAACCUUGUUUAUUUUCACUUUGUAAAUGAGAAUUGAUUUGAGUGUAUGCAUGGUAAUGGGUUUAUGUCUUGUGUAGGAUGUUAUGACCACUUGUGCACUAAUUUUAAACUCUUUCAAGGAUGGAAGUAUUGUCAUUUUUAGAUGCCAAAGAUUCCGUUUAUCAUUGAAUGUUGUCUUCUAUUGCCAAGUCUGAAGAAUUGCAAUGUACUGAAAAGUUUGUAGAAUGGAUAGUUUUGGAUAACUUACAUUAAGCCAAAUUUUAUUCUCAGCUACAUUCAUUUUUCAAUUGCCCAUUGGAAACUUAUUGCCUAGGAAUUUUAUUCGUGAGAUAUAAAGUUUCUUUACAUGUAAAAUCAAUAUCAUGACUUUGAUAUUUUUCACAGUUGUGAAUUAAAGUUGGUUUACAAUAUUCUAAAGCUGAAUAUUAAAGUUUACCACCAGGUGGCUCUGUAGUUGUAGUAUAUCACAGCAUCACUGCUGUACACGGUUUUCAAUGAAUGUGUUCAGUUUGAAACCAGUUUUUAGCUUGUGUAGAAGUUGAAAAUGUCAGCUAGACUUUUGGAGAUUGCAUUGAAUUUAUGAUGUAAAAACACAGUUUGCUCAACUUUUCCACAAUGUGCCAUUCUACAAGGUGAUCAAGAAGAAGUUGCAUUUUCCUACUAUUAAAAUACAGGAGUAUGUUAGCUAUGAAAUUAUGAACAUCAUUUUCAUUCCCACUGUUGGGAAAUUCUUUUUAUGCUGUUGAUCUAGUCCCUCUUAGUGGUACUUUGCAUGUUUUUAAUUUGAACACGUCAUCAACUUCAUGAAAUAUUUUCAUAAGGAAUCUGUACUCAAUACUAACUUGUAGCAAAUCAUUAUCGCAAUUCACCUUUGAAUUAGAACGCUUUACCCGAUAUAGUAUUGCGUUGUGUGACGACACAAUUGAAUGAGAAGAUUGAACAAUUUGAAUGACAUGUUUGAUGAAAUACAACAAGAGUUUUCAUUGGCCGAUUACAGCCCACCCACUUUCUCGAGCGGAUUCAGUGUAGCUGGAGAACUGUACAUAGCUCUUUGAAAAGAUCCACCUCUUAUAAAAACCUUCGAUUUACGUGUCACAAAAAGCUGCGGACGGUUGAGGCCUGAAAUGUGUUGCUGUCUCAUAAACUCAAUAUAAAAAAAUCUUAACAUAUUUUCCUACUAUAUACUUGCGUCCAAACAUACCUUCAAAUAUUCAUUAAAGUCACACACCACCCGAAAACUCGCAGCUUCAAAUGAUUUCGUUUGUUGACGUAGCCAUGUUAGGUAGCCGGUCAAUUCGAACUCUUGCUAUUGGUAUCUAUUCAUAAAAUCGGUUGUAAGUUAUGUAUUCGCUCUUCAUUUAUUAUCAACACGAAUAAUUAAUAGAAAUUAAAACAUUUUUGUACCAGUUUUUGUAAAGGUAAAAUAAGCUCUAGAUGAACGAAAAUGCAACAUAAGCCCAUUAGAUGGAGAUCGGCCGGCGCGGCCGCUCAUGACUAAUGAAAGCCGCACUGUCGUGCAUGAGUUUAGCUAUUUGAAUAAUUAUCAUUUAAUAGGACUUGGGUGGUAUAUUAUUUAAACAAUUUAGCUAAAAUAUUUGUGGGUUAUUAGUACACAUCUAGACGCUAUUGUGCCAAUAUGGAAAUGGACCGGGAUUCGAAUUGACUGGCUACCUAACAUGGCUACGUCUACGAACGAAAUCAUCAAAAGUUGUGAUCGAGUUUUUGGGUCGUAUGGGGCUUUAAUAAAUAUUUGAAGGUAUGUUUGGACACAAGUAUAGUAGGAAAAUAUGUUAUGAAUUUUUUUUCAUAUUAAAUUUAUGAGAUAACAACACAAGAAUACAACUUUUUCUCUUUCUUCCUUUGAAGUUUUUUUUUUUUCCAUCUAGCAUCUGGCCGUCAUGUUUUCAAAUGCUGACUACUCCCGUUUAAGGGAAUUUGGGCGGACUUAUACAUAUGGACCAAUGAGAGUUUCUGUUGCAUUUCGCAAUUGUAUUACAAACAGAUUCAAUUGUGUCGUCACACAACGCAAUACUAUAUCGGCCAAAGCGUUCUAAUUCAAAGGUGAAUUGCGAUAACUUAUUUCGAGAGUAUGUUUCCAAAUGAGAGACUAGAGAUUUGAGAUUUAUAUUCCUAGCUCAGUCAUAAUGUCGGCAGAUUUCAUCCUGCUACUGUCAAACAAAUCUUCACCAUGGAAGGUGACUUUUUCAAUGCCAGCUACCUUGGAAUUGUUAACAAUAUUGGAAUCUAUGCUUUGAUGGAAGUUUUUCGUGCACAAUGUUUCUGUCAUAAAAAAAGAUUUUGAAGAAAUGUAUGAUACCUGACGUUUACAAUGACGUACAUUUUAAAACACUAUUCAAGACCUGCAGUUCCAUUAUGUUUUUUUUGGUUUCGUUUUUUUAAUCUUUUUGUGUUGCAAAAAAUUUCAGGUUAUUGUCUUCAUUUGAUAAUUGAUAGUUAGUUAUUUGAGUGACUCUCAAGAAAGGACAAUUAUUUUCAGUUUUAAAGAUUUGCGAUUAUUUUUUUUUAUGCGUGAUUUCUGAUAAAGGAUAGUUUUUUUUAAAUAUUUGAAUGACUUCUGAUAAGUGACUGUUAUUUUUAGCCACUUCCUUAUUUACGAUGUAUCACAUAGAUCUAUGCUGUAUAUAGAUCUCUAUUUGUUUUCAUCUUGACUGGGCAUGUAUGAACUAAAAUCUCAUCAAAUAAUAAAUAGCCUAAAAAUAU